AUGUCGCCGCUGACGCCUGCUGCGCUAGUUCCAGAGGUGGCGAGUCGCAAAGUCAGCGCAACAUUGUCCAUCUCAGAAUGCGCCAGGAGGAAGCGCGAUGCAGGCGAGGAGGUCUUCGCCCUUGGCUUUGGUCAGAGCCCUUUCCCUGUACCGGAGCCUAUGGUGCAAGAAUGCCAGGCGCAUGCGCAUGUCAAGGAUUACCUGCCGGUGCGCGGCCUGCCUUUGCUGCGUGAGACGAUUGCCGACUGGGCCAGGUUUCACAAGGGCGUCCCAGACGUCACGGCCGAGGACGUCCUGAUUGGACCCGGGUCAAAGCAGCUGAUUUACCUGCUGCAAGCCGUCCUGCAGUGUGAUCUCCUACUUCCACGGCCGGCGUGGGUAACUUAUGCUCCACAGGCAGAGCUUCUUCGCCGCAGAGUCUUCUGGGUCGAGACAUCCGCGGAGAAGCAGUGGAAAAUGGAUCCGAAAGAUCUCGACGAGGCGUGCCGUCUUGGCGACUCAGACUCGCCAAACCGCCUCUUCAUUUUCAACAACCCAUGCAAUCCGACCGGCACCGCUGUGACGGCACAGACUGUCGCCGAGUUGGCCGCCGUCGCUCGAGCACAUCGCCUGCUUGUCCUGGCAGAUGAGAUCUACGACUACCAGCAGUUCGAUGGCAAUCAUGAGCCCUUUGCCAAGCACUAUCCUGAAGGCACCAUCACUUUGACUGGUAUUUCCAAGUGGGCAGGAGCGGGUGGAUGGCGUCUUGGUGCCUUUGUAUUUCCCAGCAGCCUACGUUGGCUCUUGAAUGCCAUGGCUGUAUAUGCGUCCGAGACUCACUCAUGUGUGGCGGCUCCCAUUCAGUAUGGUGCUGUUCCUGCUUUCGCUGCCCACCGUGACACUCCUCAGGGUCAAUACAUGCGCCAUUACCUCAAAGCAUCUCGGAGCAUUCUGGGCGCAAUCGGUGAAGCUUUUGCCGAGGUGGUGUGUGGAGGUUCUCCCUGCGACAUGAUUGUGCCCACUGGCGGCUUCUAUGCAUGGAUCGAUGCUGAGUCUGGGAAUCGGCGCGAGGCCUUUGUGCGCAAGGGGAUCACCACGUCCGGGCAGCUUGCGCAGCGUUUGCUCGACGAGACCGGCGUCGCCACUCUACCUGGAGAGAGCUAUGGCUGGCCACCGGAAAAGCUCUGCCUGCAUGUUGCGUAUGUGGAUUUCGAUGGUGGUGCUGCAAUCGAGGCAGUGGGAAAACUACCCCGCUUCAGUGGCAAAAAGGAUCCGGCGGGCGACGCCCAGCGGUCAGAAUUCGGCUGGCAUCAGACGUUCGUGCGCGAGUAUGCCCCUCGCGUCUACCAGGGAGCAUGGAAGCUCAGAGAAUGGUUGGCGCAGACGCGAUCGCCAAACGAGCCCCUGCGUGAGCUGAAUGGCGAUCCAGAUCGGAAUCGCUUGACCUCGAAGGCUGAGAAGCCACAUCUCCCGACCUUAGGGGCCGGCAAAUGA